CACACGCCGCCCGUACAACAGAGAGUUAACGGGCAGUACGGGGAGCAGACGGAACGUCAGCAGGACUGGACAACAAAAACAAAGCAGCGGGUCAGCAUACUCUGACCACUUACUCAACUUUAUUUCACUUGAAAGACGUUUUAGAGACAUUCUUUUAAUCAUCGUUACAGAUUUUUGCCGACUUGGGAUGUAACUUUCAGUGUUGCUCUUGCGCCUGAGCGGAGCACUCUUCCCGGCCAGUUUUUAUCUCGCGUUCGCUCACGUUUCCCAGGCGAAGUUGCUACUUUAGAGGAGCGACAGGUUCGUCACAUUUACAUGACAUUGUAACACUUUUCUCACUUACCUUUCGACCAUGGCGGAAGCGGCUCAGCAGCCACACCUGGUGGACAUCGACCCGGAUUUUGAACCGCUGUCGCGGCCCCGGUCGUGCACUUGGCCCUUGCCCCGGCCGGAGUUUAUCAACCCGGGCGACUCCAACACCUCUUCGCCGGUCCCAUCUGUAAAGCAGGAACCAGCCAGCAACACUGAGUUCAUCAACAACCUGAGCCUGCUUGAGGAGACCGAGGACUUCACCGAGCAGAAACCCAUCAUCCUGUGCACUGAUUUCCAGUGUCAGGACAGCUGCGUCCACCAGCAACCUCCACAGCAGCAGCAGCAACAUCCGCAGCAGCAGCAGCAGCACCCGAACCCGCAACUCCCGCAUCAGCAGCAGCAGCAGCAGCAGGUGCCUCUGCUCUCCACCCCGGUCGGUCCGGCGUCAUCAGCGGCCGCGGCCGCAGCUGCAGCCGCUGCCCAGAGAAAGAGCAGCUCCUCCCGGCGAAACGCAUGGGGGAAUAUGUCAUAUGCAGACCUCAUAACCAAAGCUAUCGAAAGUUCUCCUGAGAACCGACUAACUCUCUCUCAGAUUUAUGACUGGAUGGUGAAGAGUGUGCCUUAUUUCAAGGACAAAGGAGACAGCAACAGCUCUGCAGGCUGGAAGAACUCCAUCAGACACAAUCUGUCCCUCCACAGCCGAUUUAUUCGAGUGCAGAACGAGGGGACGGGGAAGAGCUCGUGGUGGAUGCUAAACCCGGAGGGCGGGAAGAGCGGCAAAUCCCCGCGACGCAGGGCAGCCUCCAUGGACAACAACAGCAAGUUCACUAAGAGCAGAGGAAGAGCAGCAAAGAAAAAGCUAUCCCUGCAGGGCGGCCCUGAUGGAGGUGCAGACAGCCCCGGCUCCUAUUCCAAGUGGCCUGGCAGCCCCAACUCCCACAGCAACGAUGACUACGAUACAUGGAACAGCUUCAGGCCUCGGACCAGUUCCAACGCCAGCACUCUGAGUGGCCGCCUCUCACCCUUCGUGCCUGAGGAUGACCUUGGAGAGGCAGACGUGCAUAUGGGGUACCCCGGAGCCCCCGGGGCCAAGAUGACAAGCACACUGCCCAGUCUCACAGAGAUGACAGGCCCUCUGGGACACAGUUCUGAGAAUGUCAUGGAGAACCUUCUGGACAACCUGAACUUGCUCUCCCCAAAUAACUCUCAGGUUGGAGGAGGGGCAACAACGCCUGGCUCCUCCCAGUCCUCUCCUUCUCCCAUGAUGCAGCCAAGCCCUGGGUACCCCUCUUACAGCUCGCCCAGCAUCGUUUCCCAGUCUCAGCAGGAAUACCACAAGUGUGUGUAUGGCCAAGCAGGAAUGAACACCCUGUCAUCCAUGCCCCUGCAGACACUUCCAGAGAGUAAAUCCAGCUUUGGGCCCAGUAUGGGCCAGUACAGCUGUGCUGCAGGGCUUCUGAAGGAACUGUUGACAUCAGACACAGACCAGCACGGAGAACUAAUGCCAUCAGUGGACACUGUGGUGUCUCAGCCCAGCGGAGGCUGCAUGCUGCCACCAUACAACAGCAGCCAGCAUGCAGCCAAACUCAUGGGAGGAGGAAGCAGUCACCCGCAUGGUCUCUCUCACAGUCAACCCCACAGUGUGCACAGCUCAGCCUCAGCCGCAUCAUUGGCUAUGAAUGGACACUUGCUCAUGUCCUUGAACUACGGUGGGGGCGCCACACGUUUGCCUACAGCCAAAGGCCCGAUGCAGAUGCCUUAUGGCCUCUCUGGCCACCUCGGCGGGGGAGGCAUGCCUGGUGGCUUCUGUCCUCUUAACACAAAUGGAUAUGGUCGACCGGGCCUGUCAGUACCCUCCCACCCAGAAAAACUGCCCAGUGACCUGGAUGACAUGUCCCUUGAGAAGUUUGAAUUUGACAUGGACACAGUCCUCCAUGACACUCUGAUGGACGGAGACUCAUUGGACUUCAACUUUGAGCCAGUGGUGGCCCAACAAGGUUUCCCGCAUGGGGUGAAGACCACCACACAUAGCUGGGUGUCAGGUUAGAGACUGUAGACUUCUCUUUGCUGGCCCUGUCACAAUCAGAACUCACAUCGGACUAACAAUGUAUCUCAUGAUGCAUUCCUCACCUGGACAUCACCUGCAGUCACUGUUCCAUCUUUAUUCCUGCUUCGAAAAUACUUCUCAGAUCACUGCAGCAGACGGAGACUGGUCCCGUUCUGCUGAGGACAAAUUCCCAUCAAAGCUCUCGAAGGUUUCUUGAAAUAAGAGUCUGUACAAACUAAGUGCCAAACAUUUUUGCCUUAACAUAUGAGCCAAACUGAAACACACAUCUCUGGUUUACUAAAGUUUGCAGAUACUAUACAGUAGUAGUAAUCUUUGCAAAUGAUAGUGCCAGCUACAGUACAUCUCAUCGUGAUCAUCUGCAGCAGCAGCAGCAGUCCGUUUACUGUGUCACAUCAGUCAAGCUUUUUGUAAUGAUAAUCGAUUACUGCUGUGGAUAAAUUGUGAAGGUAAUCUGGCGAAUGGUUUAUGUUGACAGACGAGAAAAAAGAAAGUGAGAGUUUUCUCAAAGGAUGCUUGAGUAACGUUACAUAAUAACUUACUUCUUGAAUGUAUAUAUUGUAAUCAUAGAGUUUGUAAAGUCAGUUCUUGUCGUGUGUUUUUCUCGACUGUAAAUAUUGUUUACAGAAUGGAAGCAAAAAUCGAGGCAGCAGAAAUGAGCCCACAGAGAAAAACUGGACCCGAGCCUGAGCAGACGGAUCUGUGCUCGAGAUCAGUCGGGCUGGAAAAUGAAAAUACAUCUUUGAUUUCUUAUGAAUAUAUUAAGAAUGUAUAUUAAAAUGAUGCAGUAGAUGUUUACUAGAUUCGGUAUAAGUUAUUUGUGGUUCAUAUAGAUUUAUGCUGGUGCAUAACCUGCACUCAGACAUGAGAAUUGUUCUGGGUCGUUCGUCACUCUGAACCUUAAUACCACAGGGGCCUAUUUAUUGUGCCUAACAAAACAGAUUUUGACUGCAGGCUUGAAGGGUUUUUAUAUUGUAAAUGUCUACGUGAUGCUCAAAUCCAGCAUUCUUGAAGAACAGUGAACUCUUCUUUUUCAGUUUCCUACUUUUACUUUUCUUCACGAGUCAGGAAGAAACAAGUGACUGUAAAUGGUUAUUGUUAUGGUUUCCUGAACACUUUUUCGGCGCUGUGAAUGUGACGAGGUCAAAACAGUUUGGAUAAAAGAUAUUCUCAGUGCUGCUGUUGUUGUUGUCGCACCAAGGCUGCGUAACACCUGCCAGUAACCAGCCUGCGCCCUGCUCGGUUUCUCAACUUUUUGUAUCUUCUUCUGUGUCUUAAAAGGUUACUGUGACCGAUUUCGAUAGAACAGUGGCCGAAAGAGCCCUCUCACGCUGUCAGUAGGAACAGCCUUUUACUGCUUUCACUGCCCCUCCUACCUCUACAUAUCAUUGUGUCCUUCUCAACAUUUGAUGUUAUGGUAUCAUGCGACUUGAUAGCACAAAUGAUCAUUUCUGUACCAGGUCUAUUAUAAAUUAUUCUUUGUUUCCCCUGCAAAUUGCCACUAAGUGUUAAGUGUCUGAUUUUUAUCUGAGCUUGUAUAUUUGCAUUUUUCCAAUGGUCGUUUCCCCGUUUGUUGCUGUUGUAGCAACAAACUUUUCAGCCUGUCAGCGAGUUAUUUAGCAGAGUCGAGACUAAUGUUCAAGGUCGCAGCAAGCUUUGUGAAGAUUACAUCUGCAAGCCUGACUGCUUCUCAUGAAAUGGGCUAGUUAGGUGGCAGAAAGACAAAGGCAAAAACUGAAGGUCACCUAUUCACAUGAGUCUUUAUUUUCCGACGUGGAAACCAAACACAGCAGGACGCAGGUUUUUAAUUUUAGCCGUUCCUGCUAAAAUUAAGGGUUUUUUUGGUUGAAAUGAAAACUGGCAUACUCCAGACCAGCAAAUGAUCUGAUUCCAAUGGAAAAAGAAAAGAAAUCCAGGGAGCGAGCACGUUUGGGAAGAAUCCAAUGAAAUUCUUAACAUUUCAAAAGGCAGAGGAGACGAUAUAAAAGCUGCUUUUGGGCUUUAUUGCCAGGUGUUGCCUUUUCUUAUCCAAACAUACCAUAAUGUACUAUAGCCAAAUUUGCCUUUGAAGUCAAAGUGAUAUAUUUAGCAUUUUUAUCAUGUUAUAUGUU